UAGUUUUGUUGGCGAUUUGAUUGGCGUGGUUGCGAUGGCGACGGCGGCCGGGGUAGCGAUGCUGCCCGGUGCCCCGGAGCAACGGGCGGCGGCGGCCGAGCAGUCUCGGGAUCAGGUUCAGCACCACGGACAGCGACCGCAGUCACCAGCGCCGUGCAACCGACACACUUACUCUGUUCUGAUUGUCAUUGGGGAAAUCGCCACAGACAACCAACUGAGAUCAGCAAUUCUCCACGUUGAACAAGGACUCCGAUCCUGGGAUGUCGAUCUCACGUCGUUCAACCUCGACCAGCAGCUGCGGCUUUUUGUGACCAGGCAUUCGGCCCAGUUCUCCGCUGAAAUCAGAGGCCAGAAGACCCUUCACCACAGGAGUGACGUCCUAGAGACGGUGGUCCUCGUUAACCCUGCUGAAGACACAGUCGCCUCUGAGGUUCACUCACUCGUGACAGACCCGUCCCGCCACAAGCUCUUGGUACUCUGCGGACAAACCUCUGACCAAGGAGGAGACCUCAUUCUGCAAACCGGAACCUACUCUUUUCAAAGAUUCAUUGAGACUUUCGCAGACCCAGAGGUCACAGAAAUACUGAGCAGCACUGACCUCGACACCAAGGCCUGCGUUACCAUCUGCCACUGUGGAGACGGAGACUGGAGCGAGCUUGAACAGCAUAACCUGCAGGGCUUCAUCCACAUCAAAGUGAACCCUGCUCCCAUGCUGCCAGAGAUGGACGGCGUCUCGGAGUUCACGGAAUACCUCACGGAAUCGGUGGAGGUUCCCUCGCCCUUUGACCUGUUGGAGCCUCCGACCUCCGGGGGCUUCCUCAAAUUGUCCAAACCUUGCUGCUACAUCUUCCCCGGGGGCAGGGGCGACUCGGCGCUUUUCGCUGUAAAUGGCUUCAAUAUCCUGGUGGAUGGGGGCUCCGACAGGAAGUCUUGCUUCUGGAAGCUGGUCCGUCACUUGGACAGGAUUGACUCCAUACUGCUGACGCACAUAGGCGCUGACAAUUUACCCGGCAUUAAUGGACUGCUCCAGAGAAAGAUUGCUGAGCAGGAUGAGGAACAAUCACAGGGGUCCACCACGUAUAGUGACUGGAUCAAGAACCUUAUCUCUCCUGAGUUGGGAGUGGUAUUUUUCAAUGUGCCUGACAAAUUAAAGAUGCAUGAAUCCUCUAUGAAGGUUAAAAGGAGCAUUGAAGAAGCUUGUCUAACAUUACAGUACUUAACCAAACUGGGUAUCAAACCAGAACCUCUCAACAGGGUUGUGGGUGCCACAAUUGACCCCAUCCCAUUGUUCCACAAGAUGGGAGUUGGGAGGCUAGAUAUGUACAUUCUUAACCCAGUGAAAGACAGCAAGGAAAUGCAGUUCCUGAUGCAGAAGUGGGCGGGCAACAGCAAGGCCAAGACUGGCAUCGUCCUACCAAAUGGCAAGGAAGGGGAGAUUUCAGUCCCUUACCUCACAUCCAUCACAGCUCUAGUUGUGUGGCACCCCGCCAACCCGACAGAGAAGAUAGUCCGCGUCUUGUUCCCCGGCAACGCCCCCCAGAACAAAAUCUUGGAAGGGCUGGAGAAACUGAAACACCUGGACUUCCUCAAAUACCCGGUCGCCACGCAGAAGGACCUUUCCGCUGGCGUGGCGACGCCCGUCGUGAAGCAGACCAAGAUGAGGCAAAGGACAGACAGCAAAGAGAGCCUCAAAUCUUCACCCAAGCCUUCACUGGCCAGGGCAGCAAAGAAGGAGGAACCAGCCGAAGAGACCCCUCUGAAACAGCUCGACGUUAAGACGGAGGAAGUGAAGGAAGACAAGCCAGAAAAGAAAGAGGAGAAGAAGGCAAAAUCUGAUGUGGAGAAGGCAACAACAGACACGAUCAAAACAGAAAAGAAAAAGUUGGUCAAGGAGAAGACCAUCAAAAAACACACCAAAGACAAAUUGGCCAAAUCGGAAGAAAAGAAGGACAAAGAGAAAAAGGAGAUCAAAAAGGAGAGGAGGGAAGUGAAGAAGGAAGAUGCAAAAAGGGAAGAGAAGAAGGAGGUUAAGAAAGAAGAGAAAAAGAAGGAAAAAGAGGCCAAGAAGGAAUCUAAGAAAUUCAUCAAAGCUGACUUAAAGCCUUUCACACCCGAGGUGAGGAAAACCUUACACAAGGUCAAAGGGCCAGGCAAGAAAAUCGACUCCGGUAAAACAAAAGCAGCAAAAGAUUCCAUCGUGGAACAAAAGAGUGAGCCCACGGCCCCUGAUACCCUGAGGACUGAGCAAGCAACCACCCAUUUACAGGAGGAGAGAUCCAUCAUGUCAUCACCAGAGGAUCUGACCAAGGAUUUCGAGCAAUUGAGAAACGAAGAGGCAGCGAUGGUGGAGGCUGUCUCUGAGGAGCCAAGCAAAGGCCCUGUCCCUGUGGAAGGUACAACUCCUUUGGAAGUGGAGACCCUUCCUGAUAUGUUAGUGCCUAGCCCUCAGCAGGACAUGAUCAUAACACCAGCCGUUACUGACACAAAGGUCCCUCUGGUAUCUCCGGAUGAAGGGAUCAACACGACUGAUGUAGAGGGAGAAUCACCGCGUGACGAGCAGAUAAUUGGCCGACCUGAACCAAUGACAGUGGAGAGGUUUGAAGAUGAAGGUGCGGGAAUGGAAGAAUCAUUGGAAAUGAGUGAAUUGGAAGAGAAGGUAGUGAGGACAGAGAAGGACAAAGAGAGCUUCAUUAAGGAUGGUCUAGAAGGUCAAUUUGAUAAAGAGAAAGACCUCUUUGUUAAGGAACAAGUCAAAACACCGGAAAAACCAGAAAGAGAGGUUGGAAGGAAGGAUGAAAUGGAGGAAAUGGAAAAGUGUGAAAGAUAUAUUGAAACAUUGGGAGCAAAGGAGCAGAUGGAAGAGAGUGAGGGAGAAGAGGUGGUGGAGAAAGCAGAACUGGAAGAAACUGUAGAAGCUCUAGAAGAAGACAAGAAGGUAAAAAUCAAAGAGAAAGGAGUGCUUGAUGAUGACCUUAAAAUGAAACUUCAAGUCAGUGGCAAACUACUCCAGGAUAUUACUGAAGGUGAAAAGCCUCCAACAGAGAAGAAAGAAAUUUCAACCCCAGGCGACAAAGGGGCUGUGGCUAAGGAAGAGCCACCUGCAGCAGCCCAGCCUGCUCCAGCAGGGGUAAUGGCCGAAGCAAUCUCAUACAUUCAGGACGAGACAAUCCCGGGCUACUCGGAGACCGAGCAAACCAUUUCUGACGAGGAAAUCCAUGACGAGCAGGAAGAUCAGAUGUCACACCUAAAGUAUGAAGUGGACACUUAUGACAUCUCCGUGCCGGAUGACACAAAGUCAUUCGAUGCGGUCCACGGGAUGAAGGAGAUGAAGGCUCUGUCGGCGGCUGAUAUUGGCGUCAAGGGUUUCACCAGAGAGGAGCCUGUGGUCGUUGUGUACCCCUCGGAGAUUGUUGCUGCCCCACUUGCUGAGGAGGAGCACAUCUCCUCUGCGGCUUCCAUCACCGAGUGUGACAAACUUUCCUCCUUCGCUACCUCGGUAGCGGAGGACCAGUCAAUGACCUCCGUAACUGCGCCCCAGACUGAGGAGACAGCAAAGAGCUCGCUGCUGUUGGACACCGUCAACAGCAUGGCCUCCUCUAGGACUGAAGCCACACAAGGCAGGGAUUAUGUCCCAUCCGCGGGCACGAUAUCCCCCACCUCCUCUCUGGAGGAGGACAAAUACUUUAAAUCUCCACCUUCCGAAGAUUUCCAUCCUGUGGCUGAAGUUGCUAAGACAGACGAGGAGGACUAUGAAGACCAGACACCAAAUGUAGAGGUCCCAACAAAACUAAGCGACCAAUAUGCAGCAAUGUUUCCAGAAAAGAGUGCACCCGCUCCCUACUUACUGGGUGAAUAUAUCACUGACGGCCAAAGCACUGACUUCCAAAGCACUGAACAGAAACAUAAGCCUUCCUUGCAUUUUGAUGCAGAUUUGCCUGAAAGCGAUGACAAAUGCAUCAGCCCAGACGAUAGCACGGUGAAAAUGGCCUCACCAACUCAGUCAGGGCCAACUAGUGCUGGGCACACACCAUUCCAUCAGUCACCGGUGGAGGAAAGAACAGACUCUGUUGAGGCAGAACUCCUUGAACAGGUUCCAGACCAAACCACUUUUCACCCUGAGAAACCAGCACUCAGUGAAGACACAACACUACCGAGUUCACAGCAGAGCCCUCUUAGCGACCUGCCAAUGAAACCUGAGCUAUUCAGAGAACAUUUCCUGCCUUAUUCACCCAUUGUCCUGGACUCUGAUGCCUACGAGCCUGAGCUAACUUCAAAAGAGAAAAUGCUUCAUGAGCAGGAACUGCGAGCGACAGAAAAAAUGGAGAAAGACGCAUACGAGACUGAACAUGCGCCGACUGAGAAACUGGAGAGAGAUGUUCAAGAGAAGAAACCUACCCCAGACAAAGUGACAGAAGCAAAAAUCGAACCUACAGAUACCCGAAUACACGAGGAAGAGUUCAGAGAGAAAAAAGUAGAUGUUGCAAAAGUUGCGGAGGAGAAGCCCGCCAUUGGAGAACAGGCAGCAACAGGAAUCCCAGAGCCCAAACCACCAGAUGCUAAAGCAAUUGUAUCAGACAUUCAGGAGCACAAAUCUGAAGUAAUUGAUAAUAAAGACUUGGAGAAAAAAUCUCCUGAUACUGAAAAAGCGACGAUAGAAGCUGCAGAAAAGCAACUUGCAGAUUCCGAUACCAUGGAUAGAUUGGAGCCAGAAAAAUCACUUAUCGACACUGGCAAAGUGGAAAGAGAGGAGUUAGAGAAGAAAAUUGAAGAUGUUGGAAAAGAGGAAAAAGAAGGUUUGGAAAAGAAACCUGGAGAUUUUGGAAUAACGGAAAAAGAGGAUACAGAAAAGAAACUUGGAGAUGUUGGAAAAAUAGAAAAAGAGGAUACGGAAGAGAAACCUGAGGAUGUGGGAAAAGUGGAGAAAGAGGAUGUGGAAAAGAAACUUGAUGUUGGGAAAAUAGAAAAAGAGGAUACGGAAAAGAAACCUGAGGAUGUGGGAAAAGUGGAGAGAGAGGAUGUGGAAAAGAAACUUGAGGAUGUGGGAAAAGUGGAGAAAGAGGAUGUGGAAAAGAAACUUGAUGUUGGGAAAAUAGAAAAAGAGGAUACGGAAAAGAAACCUGAGGAUGUGGGAAAAGUGGAGAGAGAGGAUGUGGAAAAGAAACUUGAGGAUGUGGGAAAAGUGGAGAAAGAGGAUAUGGAAAAGAAACUUGAUGUUGGGAAAAUAGAAAAAGAGGAUACGGAAAAGAAACCUGAGGAUGUGGGAAAAGUAGAAAGAGAGGAUGUGGAAAAGAAAAUUGGAGAUGUUGAAAUAAUGGGAAAAGAGGAUUUGGAAAAGAAACCUGAAGAUGUUACAAAGGUAGAAAAAGAAGACUUGGAAAAAAAAAUUGGAGAUGUUAAAAAAUUAGAAAAACAGGAUGCUGAAAAGAAAAUUGAUGUUGACAAAGUAGAAAAAGAGGACAUAGAAAAGAAACCUGGAGAUGAUAAGAUGGAAAAAGAGGAUUUGGCAAAAACAGCAAUAAAUUUGGAAAAGAAAAUUGGAGAUGUUGGAAAACUGGGAAAAGAGGAUUUGGAAGAGAAAUCUGAAGAUGUUGGAAAAGUAGAAAAAGAGAUUUUGGAAAAGAAAAUUGGAGAUGUUGCAACGAUGGAAAAAGGAGACUCAGCAAAAGAGCUAUUAGAUUUGGAAAAUAAACUUGGAGAUGUGGGAAAAGUCGAAAAAGAGGAUAUGGAAAAGAAACUUGGAGAUAUUGGAAUAAUGGGAAAAGAUGCAGAAAAGAAACUGGAGGAGUUUGGAAAGAUGGAAAAAGUUGAAGCUGAGAAAAAAAUUAUCGAAGCUGAACCAGUGACCAGAGAGGAAACACAACAACAGGCAUCCAUUGAAAAGGUGUGGGCCGAGGAUGUAAUGCAGAAGGUGGAAAAGGAGGACUUUGCAAAGAAAUCUGAUGAUGUUGAGAAGAUGGAUAAGGAGACACCAGAGAAGCAAACUCCAGAUGCCAUGAAGGGGGAAAAGGAGAUUGAGAAAACCAAAGUUAUAGAGAAAGAAGAGCUGGGCGAGGAUGUGUUAGUGAGUGCACUUGUGGCAUCUACAAAACCCGUACCAGACCAGGCACCUGCAGGGGAUGCGAAAAUGGAGAAGUGUGUACAGGAAAAGGAAGACUUGAUGGAAAAAGUGGGUAAAGACAUCCCACAAAAGGAAGUCAAACCUGUGAAAGAACAAUCAACAACAGAAACAUUUCUCUCUGAUGUCCCAGGGAAGGAACCUGCAACAAAAGCUGAUGAGCGACCAGACAGUUUCAAGUUUGAAUAUUCUCCAAUUGAUGCACCAGAAAGCUCCGUGAGUGAGACACAAGGUGUACAAAAGGAUAAUGCAGAACUAUUGUGUGAGACAAUCUGUUCUUCAGAAGAUGAAGAUCUACCUGUGAUUACAGAAAGCAAGACAAUACUUGCAGCUCAACUACCACCAACCACCGAAAAGGCACCGAUGCCAAAAAGCGAGGGAGACCUUUCUGUGCAGUCAACAGUUCCCAAGGACAUUUCACCAACAGACUAUCCAAGUGUUUCCGUGGAUAAGAUUACACCUGCAGAAGUAAAGGAACACGAUUGGUUACAACCAGAUCCUUCUCUACAUCUUCAGACUGAAACUGCUACAGAGUCUGGUUUUCCCAAAAUGGAAGUGAAAUCCGAAAUUCGGGAAGCUGAAUGCAUCCAUACUGCAGCAGAGAAGAAAAUGGAGAAACUCGAAAUAUGGGGAAGUGACAGUGUGCGCAGCAGCCCUGAAGGAGAGCAGAAAUCUCCUUUGGAGGUUGGGAGCCAUUCUGCAAGUGAGACUGAAUCAAUCAGCUCGCGUACACAAUCUGCCAUUGAAUCAACUCCCUGGGAUCCAGCUUCCUACCAAUCGCAAUAUUAUUUGGAAAAGGAUUCUGCAGUUCCAACGCUGGAAUCUUCUUUAACCAAGUCAUUUCCACCAAAGGAUUCACUCACUGAAAAGGUGGAGACAGGGACUGUAAGCGAACACCAGUAUUCCUCCUAUGAAGAUGAAAAGAGAGAAGCUUCCAGUGAGCUCGAUUACUCUUGGACUACUGGGAAAAGUCCUGAAUCUGAGCACGUUGGAAUGUUUGAAAAGAAACCAGAUCUGCCCCAGGAGCCGAAGCCUUCGGUCCCAUCUCCUCCCGAACCCACAGUUUCCUGGACUGGCACAGAGCAGCACGUUGCUGCUGUUUCAUUUACAGGACGGGUGGCUGAAGAAACAAUCAAGGAACCAACUGUGGAAAGCUUCACAACAGGAGAGAAGCAACAGGAAGGUCUUACAGACGACGCUGUGUUUAAAGACAGGGAACAAUCCCUGGAGCAAGAGGACAUGUAUCCUCCUCCUGGUGGGUAUGAGUACACAGCUAUUUUGAGAGAGAGUGAGGCUGAGAGUUCCAGCAAGUCAACGCACCAUUCACUUGAAGCGUUAGGAGAUCCAUUGUUGCUGUUCGAUUCCCAGAAAGAAACUAGUCCCCAUCCUGUCACAGAAGCAGACUCCAGGACCACGCUGGAAGAUAUUCCAUCAAAAUCCCCUGACACUGGCAGGAAAGCCUUCACCUACGCAGAGAUCGAUGAGAAAGUCACUGCUCUAGGUCUUGAAAACCUGGCAAAGUCUCAGAGGGAAAUGGAAUCGAAAGGUUUCGACUAUCUCUCCCAGGAGAGAGAGCUGCCCUUCGAAAUGGCCUGGGACGCUGGAAAGGGCAUAGCACCCGCACAAAAGGAUCUGUCACCUUGUAGCUUUUCAGCAGAGGAACCGACAACGCAGUCUCCGCUUUCGGAAGGUGAGCUGAGAUCUGAAGGGUCGGUUCACUAUACAGAAAUUCCGGGCCUGCAUGGACCUCCAUCUCCAACGUUGAAAGAAACCCCGUUGAGUGUGUUGGGACAGGAUAAAGGCGGGGAACUCAGUGAGUCGUCAGUGGUAGCUGAGAAGGACGGACAAACCAGAACAGACUCAGUCCAUCAUCCUGCUUGGCUCGAAGAGAGAGAGAGCCCAGCUCAAAGCAUCGCAGAGUCAAAACACAGGUCCACCCCAUCUCUGCCUUAUACCGAGAUCUCCCAAUUAGACAUCAGUGCUUUGGGGAGCAGUGUCGAAUCCACAUCGAUAAGGCCAAGGGAGCCAGAUUCCAAUGUCCUGGGCUAUUACGAGAAGGAAGUUGACGAAAGCAGCAGUGACUCGGAGUUAGAGAAAGGCGCCAAAGAGAAAUCCGAGAAAGAAUCUCCAUCAGGCAAAUCUCACCAAGAGGAGGAGCGGGGCACUUCCUACACGGAGAUGCAGGAAGUAGGUAGGGUCGCUCCGUGUCCCAGUGUUGACCAGCAGCCCUGGGCCCAGACUCUGAGUACAGUGGGUAGUGCCUGCCAACAAGACGAUGGUGAGGAGACCCAGAAGGAGCAGCAGUUACCAAAGUCCGAGAAAGAGCAGUUCACUUUGAACCGUGAGGAAAAGGACAUCUGGUGCCCCAGCGAUCCCGCGAGCUUCUCCCAUGGGCUGGAUACUCAGGGCCGCGACAUAGGGCAUCAAGAGCAGUCCAGGGCCCGGCUGGAAAUGUCCCCCUUGGCAGAGCCUGAGCGCACUGUGCCACCUGAAGAGGUAGGGAAAGAUCCCGAUAAAGCCAGACUCCAGGAGGGACAGUCUGCGGAAAAGCAGCUGAUGCCAGAUGCGUGCGUUCAUAGUCAGGAUCAGGAAUCUCCCGGAGUUAUUCCGCACUCUGCACCCACCAAGCCAUGGACAACUGAAUCCGAACAAUCUCGCACUGACCCUGACAGGGUAAAACAUUCCGGGCCUCCAUUUGAAUACUCCUCCUUAAUGGAAGAGAGAGCGUUCUCAGGAGCGCUGUUACAAGACGGCGGGAUAAAGGAUGAGUACUUGGAGGUGUCGCCCAAAGGUGAAUCUCAGACGUUACCCCUGAGUCCAUUCCUGGAGAGUAAACCGUUCCCACCGCUAGCUCCGGCAGAGCUGAGCAGUGAAAGCUUGUGGAAGGAAACUUCAGCGGCUUCCUGUGCCUCAACUCAGCCCCAACAAGACUCAGCAUCCUCCCAGCAGCCUCUCUCCCCUUCUGGUACCCCCUUGCUGCUGCCAGGAACCCCCAGUGAAGCCAAGGGCAGGAGCCUGGAUGAGGUUUCUCCCCUGGUUCCAGCGGGUGAGGCAGUCUCCCAGCCUGUGGAAGCUGAGGACCCUCAGCCUCUGUCUGUAGAGCAUGGCUCGGCCUAUCUGUGCGACAUUGAAGACUCCACACUGUCCUGCAGGGUGGAGUGUCACAGGUCAGAGGCCCCACCCUCCGCCCCUGAAUCCAAACCAGAGAAGGGAGCGGUAGCUUCCGACACCAGGCAGCCACCAAAGGAGCAAGCGGUCUCCGAAACGGCGCUGGCUCAGCCACUGACCCUGUUCCAACCUCCUCCCCCAACUCAACACAGCCCAGCCACCAGCAACGGCCCGACGGAGAUGAGCUUCGGUCCCCUGUUGGCGGCCGGCACUCCGGAGAAAGACCAAGACUCCUUUAGCACCUCCGCACUGUCGGACGAGAAGAGCAGCCCGGGUUCCGAGCUCGGCAAGUCCUGUUCCGAGGAUGAGAUGGAGUGCCUGGUGCGGCCGUCCUCUCUAACCUCCGCCGACCAGAGCUUCCGGCCAUUUUUGCCAGACGCCCAGAGGGGCAGGAUGGCAGGUGACCAGGGGGACGCUGCCCAUGAGCUGGAGGGAUGCCCGGGGGUGAUGUCUGACCACAGGUUGGCCUUCACCUCGGGUGAAUACAAGCACCAGAAGGAUGAACUUUCACCCUCGUUCAUCAACCCCAGCCCCCACGAGCUGUCGGACGAUGAUGAUGGCCACUCCCAGGAUGAUGUCCGUACCUCUGUCCAAAAGCACUGCACCCCCCAGCCCUUAGGCAGUCAUGUGACCCUGGGCGAGGAGACCCCACCCACCUCAGGCAGUGAAUCGUUCCCCUUGAAUUCGGACUCUGACGUCCCACCUGAAACAGAGGAGUGUCCCUCCAUCACCGCCGACGCCGCCAUUGACUCUGAUGAGGAUGCGGAUUACCUUCCCGUCGAUAAGACCACCAGCUCGGCUCACCAUUCGUCCGCGCGGCCUGCCCUCGACCCACCACCUGCUCCCCUGAUGGACCCUCAGCCUCACCCUCCGCAGCCCGACGUCUGCAUGGUCGAUCCCGAGGUCCUGGCCAACGAGCAGAACAUCAGCAAGGCGGAGAGAUUGCUGAAGAAGGACAUGAAGGACAAAGUGAAGAGCACGAAGAAAAUGAUGAACAAGUCAAAGUCGGCGUCCCCUGGGCGGAAAGCAGACUCAAAGGGGAAGCAGACUGCGGCCCCAGCCAGACCGUCCCCAGCAAAAGACUCGACGGAGAAAUCACCAAAGGCAGCGUCGACAAAGAAGAAGGAGAAAGACCCGUCCGAUAAAGUCCGAGCCUCCCGAGCGGGUGAUGUUCACUCGUCCCGGGUUGAUGACCGUGAUGACAUCUCCAGGUCUAGCCAGCCCAGCACUGGCAAGGCCAUGGUCAAUGGGAUCAAGUCCAAUUCAGCUUCCGCCAACAUCAAGCCCAGCUCCGGAGUGCCCCCAGGCCCUCCAGUGUACGUGGACCUGGCCUACAUUCCCAACCACUGCAGCGGGAAGAAUGUAGACCUGGAAUUCUUCAAACGUGUCCGAUCCUCCUACUACGUGGUGAGUGGGAAUGACCCCGGAAGUGGGGAGCCGAGCCGAGCUGUACUGGAUGCCCUUUUGGAUGGAAAGGCCCAAUGGGGGAGCAAUCUUCAGGUGACGCUAAUACCGACCCACGACACAGAAGUGACACGGGAGUGGUACCAACAGACCCAUGAACGGCAGCAAGAGCUAAACAUCAUGGUGUUGGCCAGCAGUAGCACAGUGGUAAUGCAGGACGAGUCGUUCCCAGCGUGCAAGAUUGAAUUCUGAGCUCCCCCAUCUCCAGUCACCCUGCUUGCCAACCUAUGAAGGAACCCUGCUUUGUCAUUCCCUUCUCAUCUUCCUACACUAAUUUUUCUUUUUAAACUAAAGUUAAAAGUGCAUUUUAAGGCUAGAUUUGCAGCUUAAUUUUAAGGAAAGGAAUCAAAAUGAGUGUGACAGUCUCCAUGAAGAGGGGACGAGUUUGGAGACUGAUUUGCUACUAGGGGAAUCCUUUUACUGUGGAUCAUCCAAUAGACGUUCCUGUUUCUGCACAUUGAAGAUUGGAGCUGGGACGCCAUUGGAAUAAUUAGUUUUAUUCUACAUUCAUUGCAUGGUUUCAUAGAAUUGGAAGGUCAUCUGGUUAACUUAAGAUGAUUGUCAGGUCUUGCCUCCAAGUGGACAGUGUCUAAAUUGAUGAUUAUGUUUGCAGGUUAAGGGGUUUUGAGGAACUUACUUUUAACAGUGCAUUUUGUAUGAAAGGAAAAUGUCGCAUUCUAGGCUCAGACAAAACCACACCUUCCAUUUCCAGAGCAGUGUCCAAACUGUUCUCUACCCUCGAACUUCGGUCAGUUCAAAAGCAGGUGAUGAAAAUGCGUGAGGUGGGGGGAGGGGGGGUGGUGGUGGCAGCAAAUGCAAACAGGCAGUUCGUAGAGGAGAGCAUUUGAUGCAAGGAGUUGGUAUGGCAACUGAAACUGAGAGACAAUGUUCAAGAGUAACACUGGGAUUCAGAUUGAGCUGGGUGGAGAUUAAACGGGCCAUUUCCUGGUAUUGUGCAGUUCUUUCGUUACAAAGUGUUAAAUUAUUUUUUCUAUCCGUUGUCCAAAAUUCCCUUAAAAGCGGGGACGGAUCGUGUCCUGGGAUGAUCUAUGCAGGGAAUGCUUCCAUGUGUGUGGAAGCCUGUCAGACAUUCAGGCAUCUUUGGUGUUUGCUGUGAGUUACAAUGCAAAUUGUAACAAGACACAUGAGCAAUAGAUACUGAUUUAUACUUAAAGAGACAGAAUCCUUUUUUUGUAGCAGUCACCUCAAGCUGGACAUCAAAGACUACACGAAAUACAAAUGCAGAGCUUGGACUAAAGAUCAAUCCACUUAAUUUAUAGCUAUAGCAUUAUUUUAAAUUGUUUGAGUUGUGUAAAGAAAUUGUGACUUUGGAACUGAGAAAUUACUUUUAAGGGGGUUUUGUUUCAAGUGUUAAAUACAGCCUAUCAAAGCUUAAAAAAAAGGACCUGUCUCUUUAAGAAGGCAAUAUCUGAUUUUAAAUAGUAUUUCUUAAAAUUAUCAAUCUUUAAGCACACACACUUCAAUGGGUAGAUUCUGAUCACACUGUUUGGGUGUGCUUUAGAAAGGCUAGUGAUGAUUCCUGAAUGUGUGUGUGUGUGUAUACGCUUCCCAACAGAAAUCCUCAGUGUGAGAUUAUUGUCAAAAACAUUUGAAGCUUGCUGGACUGAGCAGAACACAUCACUGAUGGAAUGUAUUGUGUGCUUUGCUAACCAAUAAACAAAGUGUAUAAAACAGUGAGUUAUAUCAUAGUGAGCUAUGGUGCAGGGGAUCACUGUUACAGUUACAUUUCAGUGUAACACGUCUGGAGCUGCAUUUCAGUGACGUCCCUGUUUAACCAUUAAUUCAAAUCUUACCCAUGGUUUUUCAUGGGGCAAUUCUGCUUCUUCUGCAAAAUGAGAAUGAUGUCUUGAUGUUGACAAUGUUGCUUUGAGCCAAGUGUUAAGGUCUCACUGGACCUACCCCCCACUCCUGGCAGUGGUCAUGAUCCCAGUGACAGAGCGAUCGAUGGACAAUUAGACCACUGCAUGAUGUACGAGAUCAGGGUAUUGUGACCAUACAGCUCCCCAUUUUGAGUAGCGGGACGUAAUGAUGACGGCGGGGGGGUAAAGUUGGAUAUUGCCUUUUUAACAAACCAAAGCAAGUGCGAGGAGCCUCCAUUGUGCUUAAAUAUCAGGUGUGGUUGCCUUAGACAUUAGGAUGAAUGUAGCUAAUUAAUGCACUACAGCUGCAGCAAUGCAGAGCUGGGACUGGCUGUGUUGUUUUUGUGUUGCCAAUUUACUGCGCUCUGUUCAUGGGCAUGUUACGGGGCAGUGUGAUCCCCCCCCAUCGAGGUUGACUGUCCAUUUCAAGGAAGUUUUUUUUUUGUUGAGUAAUUUCUUUAAAUUCCCACAAGAGGUUCAAACUGACAGUGGAGGGGACCAAACCUAUAAUAAACUCUAACUUAAGGGAAGAGACAUACUGUGAUAAAAUUGUGCAGUUUAGGGGAGAGACUCCCUGGCAGUAGGUUGAACAAGUCUUUGGUUUUGUUAUUGUUUUCAGUAGAUUCAUGUAGCUAUGUAGGUGUUCAUUUUUCCAAGCACAUCCUUACGGCUGCUUUCAGUCAAUCACAAUUUUAACCAGAGCCAUUGACAUUUUGUUUUUCCUAUUGCUUCUCACCUAUUACCAGUUCUAAGUUCCAUCAGGUGAUGGCUAAUUCUACCCAGCACUGAGUCCCUUGAACAGUAGAUUAGUCAGUAAUUACACUGCAGACUGAAUCCCCUCUGGAUACAUCUGUUGUCAAAGUGAUAGAUGCGCAACAUAAUAGAGGCUGUUUUCCUUAAGCACCAUCACUCGAAGCUAGCUGACAAUGAGCAGCUCCCAAACAACUGAAGUAACAACAGACAACCAAGUUACUCAGUCACACUGCAGGAGCCAGAUCGUCCAAUUAGUCUGGCAAAAUAUUUUUGGGGAGCAUGGGGGCUUUUUUACCCUGUGUGAACAUGCUUGUGUGUGUGUGUGUGUGUUUUCCCUUCAGUGUCAAAGCUAAUAAAGUCAAAUGCCCAUUUCUCAAAUAAAAAGAAUACUGUGGAAAAGCCAAACUGAAAAAGAAAGAGACAAGCAAAAGGGUAGGAUUGAAAACAGUAACAGAAGGUGCUGGAGAAACUCAGUGGGCCUGGCAGCAUCUGUGGAGAGAAAGAGUUAAUGUUUCCAGUCCAAUAUGAUUUCUUCAGAACUAAGUUCCUUGCACUCUGUGUGAGUUGGUGACACAGUCCAUUAAUUAUAUCUGAGACUAACUCACUGCCGGAUACAUCUGAAGAGUUGUAUCAGACCCAAAAUAUUACCUCUGUAUCUGCCUUCACAUUCUGUUUUCAUUUUGGAUCUCUGGCAUCCACAGUACUUGGCUUUUAUUAUGGGAUUGUGAUGAACUCCAGUGCCUGUUUGUAACUGGAGCACAGGAAUUGAGGCAAUGUGUUGGUUGUGUUAAGCACAAUUUCUCAACGCACAUGAUUUCGCCUUGUGUAUAGCGGAGGGAGAUGUCGAGGACCCAGGUCAUUCCCUGUGUGUGUGUGUGUGUGUGUGUGUGUUGGAAGCGGGUUGGUUUGUACGUAUAACGUGGGUUUGUAUAUAUUUAAUGUAUGUGCAUCUAGGCAGCUCAGUAGGAUGAUAAUGGAAUGUCCCUAGCAUCCUAUCUCAAGGCACAUACAUUUGCACUUGGGAGGGUCUUUAAGACAGUGUGCAAACAUCUGUAGUUUAGCCUGUGUUGGGUGAGUGUAUAAUGUAACACAUUAAAAAGUGAAGAUGUAUUGUACUGGAUCUGUCCAAAACCAGAUCAGUGUUUGAGAGUGAAGUCCACAGAUUGAACAGAUUGGUUUGUGCUGUUGUUUGCCAUCCAUUCUUUUUUUUCAAACUGUUAGUGCCGUCCAAAAUUGAAUGAGAAUUUAGUUUAGCCGAAGAAGUAUGCAAAGUCUGUUUUGAUCUGAUAUUGUUUUUUUCUCUUCUCUCGUAAGCAUGUUAAGCAAGUUGUACUGUUAAGAGGCAUGUGAUAGUAAGCAUGGAGAGGAAAGCAUUUGAAAAUGUGCAUUUGAUGCCAGUGAGUUGGCAUUUCUCCAGUCGACAGCUUUUUCACUUCAGAGAACAGCACUGACACUGAAAUAGACAAAGGAUUGUGGACUAGACUUUCCACAGUGACUGUAGCACCAGGAAUACGGACUGCUUUCUCUAAUAUCCAUAAUCUCCUAAUCCAUAGGAGAGCAACAAUUCCUUCGUGCACUACUUCCCUCCAGAUUACCCACCACCUUGUUCUGGAAUCCUUAAAUCCUCCCCUCACCCCCAAGACAUGUAGGACUUCACCAUCUUGUGUGAACAUGGGGAAAGUGCAGAACAUAAAAAGAUACUAAAGGGAAUAUUGUUAGUGUUGGCUCAUUUAUAAAUUGUGAGAAACAUAAAGGAUUUUUUUUCUUCUUUUAAUAUGUUUACUUUGUUAUUUUAAGAUCCUGUCCUCAAAAGGACUGGACCAGCACUUUUUAUUGUGACAGUGUUAUAAUCCUAUUUCUUUGGUCCAAAAUCUUACGUAUGUUUGACCGUGACAUUCUGCAACACCAAUUAUUCAUCAUUAGAUUAUAGGAGACAUAACUGAGGUCCAGAGGGAGAUCAGUACUCGUGAAGCGUAAUUUAUAAUUUAUUUGUCUUGUAGAUUAUAUCAGUGUUUUAUAUAGAUUUAUAGUUUGUUAAUUUAUAAGCACAACUCUAACCAGUAUUGUAGCUGUAAGAUGACAUGUUUACAUAGAGUUCAUUUGCACUCCAUUUAUAUAGAGGCUGUGCCUUUUCAUAUGGGCCCAUUUGCAUUUAUAUUUUGAUUUCUGAAGUCAGAAAGACAAUGGAACAAAGUUUCUUCAUUUUUAUUGCAAAUUCAUUUUCAGUUUAAAGAAAGUUGCUGAACUUAUUUCUAGUUGAGCAUGAGAUUUUUCCGGAACUUAUCUUUCUGAUGAAGCCUCAUUUUCCAUCCCUCCAAUUCCAGGAGAUUAUUGACACAAAUCCUGAAAACUCGUGAUUUGGUUGUGAUACAUUUGAUUCUUCCAUUGUUUUCAUUCUCACUGAUGGAGGAAAGGCCGCUAGGUUUAUCACUUUCACUCCCCUCUCAGCCCCUCCACCUUCUCUAUCAGCGACUCUUCACCCAUUCCCUGUCGUCUUGCAGCCCAUCUACGCACACUCCCAGCAUCGAGUUGAUCCACCUGUAAAUCUCCAUAUUCUGUUUGUCAAGGAACAAAGUUCUCCCACAAUAUUCUUUCCAAUUCUGCAUCAACUUAUUCCAUCCCAACCCAUAGUUACCAGAUGUUCCCAGAACCUAUCCAUAGAGAACAUCUGUGUACUGGGACCAGCUCAGCCUAAAUCGAGUCUUCUAAUGUCCAAACUGUUGUCAACCAGAUGUCAACCUCACUCUUUAAUAAGUCCUUAGCACUCUGGGACUAAGAGUUCUGCAGUGUUUCCAUUUCCAAUCUUCAAAAGUCUGUCAAUCAACUUGCCUUUCUUCAUGUCUUUGUGGCUAUCUUCUUCAUCUUUUGUUUCCUCAUCUUUGUUAUGGGGUGCCAGUGAAGGUACAUAUUGACUCCAUUCAGUUACAUGUUAUUUCAAGCCCUUCCCCAGAGGGAAGUGAUUGUUUUUAUCUGAUUCCUGUACGACGUUCAGUUCUGACAACCCAGUCGUCGCCACAUCAACUCGCAAUUGUUGAGAAAAUUCCACUUAAUAUUUCAGGGGGCUGGUGGAGAGGAUAUUUCAUAAUCGCUUCUUCAUUUCUGUAGGUAAAGAGCUUAAUUUGAUGAGAUUCAAGGAGGAGGUAACAAACAGGAGGAUCAGGGAAGUGGGCAAAUUGGGAUCAGGAGAGAGUUGGGGAGUGGAGGUUGAAGAGAGAGAGUUGUAAGUGUUGGCAAGCCUGAAAGGUGGUCAAGAUGUUCAAUGCAGAACGAUAGAACAAGAAAAGCUUAAUUGGACAACUUUUCAAAGAACUAGCACAAGUGUGAAUGGCCUUGUGUUGCUGUAUCAUUCUGUAAUUGGAUAACUAAUCGCAAAAUCUCUUGAAAGCUGUUCUCAAACUUCCAGCCAUUAGCUGGACAGAUAAACCAAAGCUGAGAUAUUGGACUAGUAUCUUUGUAGAACAGCUGCUUCUUCAGAGACAUUUUCAGAAUUUGGUUUUUGGCCUUUUUUUUAGACAAAAACAAUAAACAAUUUGAAGAGAUCCAGAAAUAAUUCUGAGAUAGACAGUGGCCACUUCAGAAGGUGCAGUGAUUUCGAUCAGAUAAUGCUGUCUCAAUCUUCCGGAGUAUGGGAAUUUUAUCUCUUCCUCCCAUUGGACCAAACGUAAAAAGGAAACAGGAGAAGGGCAUGGGACUAGGAGUUAGAGUGGGGUAGGCACUAAUACACAGACCCAAUGUCUCUGACUGCACUCCCUCUUCACCAUUCUUAAUCUUUUAUCAUCCUUUUUAUUUCAGAAACUAGAAGCCCUUUAAGUUUUACUGUGUUAGCUUAAUGGUAUGACCUUAACCCAUUCACCCCAGCCUAGUGAACAAAUAUAAUGCUGCAGUAUCCCAAUCAAUCACCCAAAGAAUUCUGUCGCACUCUGGACUUUGCCAAGUCUGCCUGAAUGCUGAAGGCCAGUAUUAUUGAAUAGACCAGCAACAGUGAGGAGAGCCCUCCACUGAUCUUCAAAAGAUGUUUCCCCCCACCCCACCCCGAAUAUUUGCUAGAUUUCCCGAGCCCCUGACGUUGGGCAUCGUGUAUGAUGUACAAACUUCAACUUUCUGUUCGAUUGUGUAGAUAGUGAGCUGAACUGGUGCUGCCUGCUGGUACAUUCACAAAGAUUUCACACUGUUUACACAGCAAUAAAGUUAAUGAGCAUUACUCAAGGGAAUUAAGAAGCAGGUUUUUGUGAAUCUUGUCAAACGCACCAUAGAGUAUCCUUGCCCUGGCAUUAGGACAAACCUCUUGCUUGCUGCCAUCUUAUUAGGGUGGUCCUACUCCAUUAAUCUAUUCCAGUGGCAGACAAUGACCUUAAAUUGGGCUUGGUCUGCUUUCGUCUUUUUAAAAUCUUGUUCCUCUUCAUUAACCAUCUCAAAAUCUUGUAUGUUGCUGACUCCAACACGAGCAGCCUAUCCUUCCUUCCCUCAGAAAGUAAGAGUGACUUUUAUUUAACUUUUUGACUGUGUAUUCUAACAGUAUUAACCAAAAGGAAUCCAAAUAUUCAUCAUUUAUUAAUAUGUGCCCUUAUCCUAGUUCCUACAAUGCUCAUUAAAAUCAGAAUUGUUUUUUUUUUGGGGGGGGUGAGAAGGGAGAACGGUAGUCAAAAUUAAUGUUGACCAUUACUUGCUGCUUGUGCGACUGAAUUAUUUGCAAAAGAAAACAUAAAUUUUUUUUAGGACCAGGGUCCAGCUGUUUAUAAACUACUGAUUCCUUAUUGAAGUCUUGCCUGACUAGUUUCUGCUUGCAGUAAGCUAGUCACCACACUUGAAUUUAAAAAGUCAAUCCCUUUGUGUCUCCAACCAUGUCAUUAAUCUUCCAAUUUCAAAGGCUAAUGAUGCACUAUUUCUUUAGAGAUGAGAUGGAUGCCACAGCGAACAUUUCUGAAAGCACCGAACACAUGUCAACUGGGUCUUCCCAGUGUGUUUUCAAACUUAUAUAUAUGUGAAAAAGCUAUUUGAUUUAAUUUCAAUAUUUUAAAAAAUUUCCAUUGAGCCCUUUCAUUUUAGCACAGACAGGUGUCAAAACCGAACGUACUGAAAAAAUGAACAAAACAGAUGUAUAUGUGAGUUUAGAAACUGGCACAGGGUUUAUUGUGAGCUAAAGAAUAUUGACCUCUCGCCAUUUGUGUUUACUGUCUCUUAACUGUCUCUUAACUGUCAAUAAAUCAGCCCCUGUUAUCCCGUGGGAGCUACAAUAAGCUAAAUUCAGUGCAUUUCCACUUUAAUGUUUCAGUUGGAAGUUCAAUGGGAGAGUUCAGGGUUUUUAAAUUUGGGGAGGGGGGGUAGAGAGAAUUGUAUUUCUGCAAAAAUUUUAAAAAAAAUGCCGGUCAAACUCUUGAGAGUUAAUACAAUGAUAAUACAUUCAGGACACACCCCUGUUUAGAAUAGGACAUUGGGAAUUUAAUUCAAACUUUUUAAGGAAAAGAGACCUCUUGCUUGUUUUUUGCAUGUGACAUUUAUCCCUACGUUAUAUUCCUGUAUGUAAUAGUUUAAGAAAAAAAAUUUGAAAAAAAUAUAAAAAGCAACUUGUCUUAACUGUAAUCAGAUGGACUUGUAAAAACAUCUUGAAGCUUUCCUCCUUUCAGUUUCAUGGUGUAAGAACAAUUCUGUAGUGACCAUUUCUCUGCGCAAUAUUAAUAUUUAGUUCAGAAUUUGUGUGCAAUAUUCUGUAUCUCUUAAUCGCGAACUACUGAAAUUUAUUGUAAAAGGGAACAGUCUGAUUAUCGCCAAUAAAAAAAAGUACAUCUAUUAAAA